AUGCAAUCCCUCCUUUUCCUUGCGAGCCUCGCGGCUGCAGCCUAUGCCCAAAUCAACCUCACCUCGUGCAAUGCAACGGACCUCGCAUGUAUCGUGAACCGCACUCUCGCAGACCAAGCAUUACUGGAGACACCCAAUUACGUGACGGUUCCCAUCGAGGAUGAUCCUUUCUACAGCACGCCCUCGAACUUCUCCGCGCAAGAUGCUCAACCAGGGCAGAUCCUCAAGAUCGAAGCCCACAGCAACAUCUCCUCCUACGCCAUUCCACCCGGCCAAUCGCUCAGCCGGAUAAUGUACACGUCCGUCGACGAGAAAGGUUCCGUCGUCCCUGCCACCGCUGCAAUCCUAUGGCCGUUCACACCGAAACCCUUCAACAACUCUUCGCCGAACACCUACCCGCUCGUCGCCUGGGCGCACGGCACCAGCGGCGUGUUCCGGCAAUGCGCCGUGUCCAAUAUGCGCAACCUGCAGUACGACUUCCGGUCCGUGUUCACACUCGCAUCCGUCGGCUACGCCGUCGUCAUCGCCGACUACGUCGGGCUCGGCACGGACCAGCCCUUCAGCUACCUGGCGUACAAACUGCACGCCAACGACGUCGUCUACGCCGUGCAGGCCUCGCAGUCUGCGUUCCCCCAACUCUCCGCCGAGUGGGUUUCCUUCGGCCACUCUGAGGGCGGCGGCGUCGCGUGGGCGAUCGGCGAGCGGCAGGCUGUGGCGGAAAUCGCACUGCCAGGGUUUCUCGGCACCAUUGCCGCCGCACCACCGCCGUUCCCCAUCGCGAACACUGCGCCCGUGGGCCAUUCCGUGUUCGUCGCCUUCCUGUCCUUCACGAUCGCGCACCUCUACGGUCUCAACCUGACCGAGAUCUUCAACCCGGUCCCACUCCAGGCGCUCCAGCGCGUCCGGGAUAUCAGCGGCUGCAACGACGCCGGCUAUGCCGCGCUCGCGACGUUCUCCGCCGACGACAUCUACGCGAAUACAUCGUGGCCGUUGUCCCAGCCCGCACGGGACUUUGCGAAGGACUAUUCCGUCAGUGGACGGCCGCUCGGGGGUCCAAUGCUCAUCAUCCAGGGUGAGAAUGACACGGUCGUGGGCACGGCGGGCGCGCAAGCCGGAUUCAACGCGACAUGCUCGCUCGCUGGGCUGAAUGGAAGUGGGAACGAGACGGCAGCGCUGAGCGUCGAGUACGUCUCCGUGCGCGGCCAGGACCACAAUCCCUCGCUGUACGCUUCGCAGCGUCUGUGGCUGCAGUGGAUUGAAGACCGGUUCAACGGAUUACCGACCGCGCGCAGCGGCUGUUGGAGGACGGAGUUGGGUCCGGGAUCCAAUACCAAUGUCGACUCUGACUCGCAGGGUGGCAAUGCUGCGGCCCAAGUACAGCUACCGGAACGCUUUGUUGUGCAGUAUUCUAGACCUUGGGUCACCAUCUUCUCGUCCACAUUUUUGCCGCUCAGGCUGCAGGCGGAGAACUCGGGAUUCGUGGAUCCGCCGUCGGGUGCUUGA